AUGAGAAUUGGAAAUGGUAAGAACACGUCUGCUUGGUUUGAUGCUUGGAGUGAGAGUGUUCCGUUAUGUGAAAUUGUGACUCCUAGGGAAAUUAAAAAUGCUGGUCUCACAUUGGAAGCUAAGGUUGCAGACAUUUGUAGGAAUGGUGAAUGGGUCUGGCCUAAUGCGUGGUAUGUUAAAUAUCCCGGUUUAAUGAAUGAGCUUGUCCCUCAACUUGAUCAAAAUAAAAACGAUGAAGUUAUUUGGAUAGACAAUGCAAAAGUUGAACAACCAUACACAACAACUAUUGCAUGGAACUCCAUACGAAUUAAUGAGCAGAAGGUGGCAUGGAUGGAUUUUGUUUGGUCCCCUCACAAUAUACCGAGGCAUUCAUUUCAUUUGUGGUUAAUAAUGCGUAGGAAACUUUUGACACAAGACAAAAUCAUCAAAUGGGCAUCGGUUUGGUUAAAAGUUAGGGAUAUGGGUGGAUUGCAACACCUUCCACCCCUCCUAGACGUUAUAAUGGACUGGAUGAAUCUUCGUGCAAAAUCAAGAUUGAUUGCAAAUGUGGUGGGGAGACUCCUUGUUGCUUCAACGACUUAUUUCUUAUGGCAAGAAAGAAAUAAUAGGAUGUUCAAUGACCAAGCUCGCUCUCCUGAUCUGCUUUGUGAAGUAAUUACAUCUACUGUUCGGUUAAAGCUUAUGACAUUCAAGUUCCAAAAGACUACUCGGGUGAUCCAUAUGCUUGAGGCGUGGGGUAUCUGUGGUGAUUCUGUCUUUAUCAAUUACUGA